AUGGCAUCCACUUCAACUUCCACUUCCGACUUUUCCUUCGACCCGAUCGAAGAAGCUCUGGAAGCGUUCGGCAAGGGAGAGUUCGUCGUCGUGAUGGACGACGAGAGUAGGGAGAACGAGGGGGACUUGUGUAUCGCCGCGAGCGAGAUUACGACGGAGAAGAUGGCUUUCUUUAUCCGACAUACUAGUGGUUAUAUCUGUAUCUCAGUACCAGAACAGAGACUGAAAGAGCUGGAUAUCAAGAUGAUGGUACCCGAGAACCAGGAACGACACAAGACUGCUUAUACCGUGACGGUCGAUGCAGCAGAGGGCACGACAACAGGUAUCUCCGCCCACGACCGAGCCUUGACGGCUCGCAAACUAGCCGACCCUGCAUCGAAACCUACCGAUUUCACACGGCCGGGACAUAUGGUACCUCUGCGGUAUACCGAAGGAGGGGUCUUGGCUAGACGGGGUCAUACUGAAGCUGCUACUGACCUCUGCAAACUGACCAACCUCCCCGCCGCCGGCCUGUUGUGCGAAAUCGUCAAGCCCGACGACCCAUUAGGAUCCAUGGCGAGGCGGGACGAUUGCAAGGCGUUUGCUCAACAGUGGGGGUUCAAGAUGAUCAGUAUCGAUCAGUUGCAGGUCUAUAUGGAGAAGCAGAAGGAGGAGGGGCGGGUAUAA